ACCACAGCGCCGGCCGCAGAGCUGUCGAUCCAUUGGACUUCCAUUAUAGGAUCACUGAACGAAACACGAAAAGUUUUACCGCAAAAGUUAUCCACGUCGGAAUCAACGAGCGGCAACGAACAACAAAAACAAAAAUGACGCAAAUGACGACGGUGUGCGUCAUGCUAGUCGUGCUCUUUGGGGCAGUCAUCGCUCUGCCAGAAGACGCGAAGAACAGCGGCAAGUCAGCGUCUGCGCAGAGGCGAGUAACGUUCGGCGCAGGACGCGACAGCGACAUCAUCGUCGGCGACAACAGUGAAAGAAGAACAUUUGUCACAACUCCGGAACCAUCGCGUGUCCGAACAUCCCCUGUGGUCCGUGUCACUCAGGAUAACCGAGGAAAUAAUGAAGAACUCAUAAUCGGACGUGAUGCUCAGUUUGGGAUUUCAGACCGUCUCAUUCCAGGAACAGCAGUCCCUUUUGGUGGCUCUAGUCUUGGCCUGGGAGGAUUAGGAGGCUUGGGAGGUGUUGGGAGUCUUGGAACGCUUGGAGGUCUUGGUGGUCUUGGAACGCUUGGAGGCAUUGGAGGUCUAGGAACGCUUGGAGGUGUUGGAAGCUUGGGUCUUGGCGGUGUUGGAAGCUUGGGUCUUGGCGGUGUAGGAAACUUGGGUCUUGGCGGUGUUGGAGGUCUAGGUCUUGGAGGUGUUCUUGGUGGAAUCGAUCCCGGUUACCUUGAACUCCUCGUCGCCCGAAACCCAUUAAUUCUUGUACAGAACCCAGAAAUUCUGCUGCAGUACCCCCAUCUCAUACUUCGGUACCCUCAACUUCUGGUCCAGUAUCCUCAAAUUCUGCUCCAGUAUCCUCAACUUUUGAUCCAAUAUCCUCAACUUCGCCAGUACAUUGACUCCCGAUACCUCGACCCUCGUUUCAGUGGCGUUAACUUAGGCAACUUCCGACGAGUCUUUCCUACCAACUUUGUGGGUGGCGUAGACGGAUUUGACAGGUUUGGUGGCAUCAACAACAUUGAUGGCCUUACCGGCAUCGGCGGUAUUGGGAUCAACAGUCUCGGUGUCAGACCUGGUCUCGAUUUCAAUCAGCCCAUCGAUGUUGGGUUCAAUAGACCUAUCUUGACGACCAUUUCUCCAUUCUCUGUCACUACUCUUAGUCCUUUUAACCGUAACAUCCGCUUCGAGCAGAAGUAAAUUUCUGAAGGCGAAACGACUUGACGGCCACAAUAGCUACGUCCGAGUCUGAAGUACUUGUUGAGAAUCUUUCUAAUAAGAUACUAUGGUAAUUUAAAGGAGUAUCUCAUAGAAAUAUUCUCUUAAGUACCGACACAGAAAUAUUCAUGUUGCACUCAGACGAUCAAAACAAAGUACUUGUAAUUCUGACGUCACUAACGUUGUCUAGUAAUUAUAUUUAAUUGAGUAACCCUGCGCGAUGGGUUACUCAAUUCCAAUCCAAUUGGUUACUCAAAAGCAAGUGGAUUCACUGUGGCUCGUGAGCAAAAUUGCACUAUAUUUAUUCUAAAAAAUCACAAUUUUAUAAGUAUUCAAACAAUCCACAGUUCUAUGCGCCUUUACGUUUCUCACGAUCUCUCAUGACGGAGCCGAAAUCGACUUUUCGCCACUUGAAGCGUAAAUUUAUGAUCUGAGCAAAUAAAUUUUAUCGCAACCGGAGAAGCUUCUCACGUCGACAUUUGAAGGAAAGUUUUACAGGACUGAUAUUUCUAGCCGGUAGAUGCUCGUCUGAACAUUUCGUCCCAAUGAGAAUAAUGUAAAUUGUUGUGGAGAUUAGAAUAUUUUUAUUCAUUUGAAAAGGCAGACAGAAUCAUUCAUAUUUUGAGAUGAAUCAUUAAAUUGCACAAUAUAUUUUAAUAGAUAUAUUACAGGUUUAUUUUUAUUAUAAAUACCCAGCACUGAUGGCAAUUCAACGGCGUUUACAUUUUUAAUUAAUUACAGUGUAAAAUUUAUUCCUCAUCGUCUUUGAAUAAUUUAAUUUUAGGCAUUUUCUAUUUGAAAUUUUCGCAAUAAGCUUGAAUGAUCUCUCUGUAUUUUAUUUUGCACAGUACAUUUUUGUUAAAGUUAAAUUAAUGGUUUUUGCAUGUAACUCUGUGGUAAAUGCGUGCUCUCGAAGAAGUUUUAAAAAUAAUUUAAAACGCUCAAAAUUGUAAAUUAUUUCAA